CAGCCCAGCCUCCCGCAGCCUUCCCUACAUCAAGGGCCAGGGUCAAACGCCUCCCAGCAGAGGGAGAGAGGAGGUUGUGUGAGACAGGCUGCUCCUGACAGAAGGAUGUCGCAGCUGAGCCUGUCCUGGCUGGGCCUCGGGCCGGUGGCAGCAUCCCCGUGGCUGCUCCUGCUGCUGGUCGGGGCCUCCUGGCUGCUGGCCCGUGUCCUGGCCUGGACCUACACCUUCUACGACAAGUGCCGCCGGCUCCAGUGUUUCCCGCAGCCUCCAAAACGGAACUGGUUCGUGGGUCACCUGGGCCUGGUCAACCCCACAGAGGAGGGCAUGAGAGUUCUGUCUCAGCUGGUGGCCACCUACUCCCAGGGCUUCAGGGUCUGGAUGGGCCCCUUCAUCCCCCUCCUCAGUUUGUGCCACCCUGACAUCAUCCGGCCUGUCGUCAACGCCUCAGCCACCAUUGCACCAAAGGACAAGUUCUUCUACAGCUUCCUGAAGCCCUGGCUGGGGGACGGGCUCCUGCUGAGCGCCGGUGACAAGUGGAGCCGCCACCGCCGGAUGCUGACGCCCGCCUUCCACUUCAACAUCCUGAAGCCCUACAUGAAGAUUUUCAAUGAGAGCGUGAACAUCAUGCAGGUUUGGCCUCAGCUGGGACCCCUGGAUAUUCCUCUCUGUGAUUGUCUCCUUCCAGUAGGCACUCCAUGGUUCACAAUGCAGGCAGGUUUCCAGGCCAAGUGGCAGCGCCUGGCCUCAGAGGGCAGUGCCCGUCUGGACAUGUUUGAGCACAUCAGCCUCAUGACCCUGGACAGCCUGCAGAAAUGUGUCUUCAGCUUUGACAGCAAUUGUCAGGAGAAGUCCAGUGAAUAUAUCGCUGCCAUCUUGGAGCUCAGUGCCCUUGUGUCAAAAAGACAUCAUGAGAUCCCCCUGCACUUGGACUUCCUGUAUUAUCUCACUCCCGAUGGACGGCGCUUCCGCAGGGCCUGCCGCCUGGUGCACGACUUCACAGACGCCGUCAUCCAGGAGCGGCGCCGCACCCUCCCUAGCCAGGGUGUUGACGACGUCCUCCAAGCCAAGGCCAAGUCCAAGACUCUGGACUUCAUUGAUGUGCUCCUGCUGAGCAAGGAUGAAGAUGGGAAGGAGUUGUCUGAUGAAGACAUAAGAGCAGAAGCUGACACCUUCAUGUUUGAGGGCCAUGACACCACGGCCAGUGGUCUCUCCUGGGUCCUCUACCACCUUGCAAAGCACCCAGAAUACCAGGAGCGCUGCAGGCAGGAGGUGCAAGAGCUUCUGAAGGACCGUGAGCCUAAAGAGAUUGAAUGGGAUGACCUGGCGCAGCUGCCCUUCCUGACCAUGUGCGUGAAGGAGAGCCUGCGGCUGCAUCCCCCGGUCCCGGUCAUCUCCCGCCAUGUCACACAGGACAUUGUGGUCCCAGACGGCCGGGUCAUCCCCAAAGGCGUUAUCUGCCUCAUCAGUGUUUUCGGAACCCAUCACAACCCAGCUGUGUGGCCAGACCCUGAGGUCUACGACCCCUUCCGCUUCGACCCGGAGAACAGCAAGGAGAGGUCACCUCUGGCUUUUAUUCCCUUCUCGGCAGGGCCUAGGAACUGCAUCGGGCAGGCAUUCGCGAUGGCGGAGAUGAAGGUGGUGCUGGCGCUCACGCUGCUGCGCUUCCGCGUCCUGCUGGACCACACCGAGCCCCUCAGGAAGCCGGAGCUGGUCAUGCGUGCGGAGGGCGGACUUUGGCUGCGUGUGGAGCCCCGGAGCUGAGGUCUGCAGAGACCUACUCUACCCCUCCUAAAAUGACCCCUGAUUCAUCAACAGUGAGGCAUAGAAUUACCAUAUGACUCUAUUCCGCUGCAAAGCUUUCCAUCCUAGAUAUAUACUCAAAAUAAUUGACAAAGGUGUUCAAACAAAAAGACGCUUGUGCGUGAAUGUUCAUGGCAGCCCUAUUCACAGUAGCCAAGUGAUGAAACCAACCCCAAUGUAUGUAUUACCAGAUGAAAGCAUAAACAAAGUGUGGCCCAUCCAUACAAUGGAAUAUUACACAGCCAUAAAAAGGAAUGAAGCACAGAUCCAUACACUGUGGAUGAACCUUCAAUACAUGAUACUGAAUGAAAGACGUCACACGAAAGGUCACCUAGUGUAUGAUUCUUUUAUAUGAAAUUUCUAGAACAGGCCAGUCUGAAGAGAUGUAAAGCAGAUUGGUGGCUUUCAGGAGCUGUGGGGAGGUGGGACUGAGGAGGACCUGCUAAUCAGGACAGGGUUUCCUCCUGGGAUGUGGAAAUGUUCCAGACCCAGAUAGUGACAAAGGGAGCAUGACAUUGUGAGUACACUAAAUGCUAUUGAACUGAACACUUUGAAAUGGUGAAUUUUGUGUUAUGUGAAUUUUACCUCAAUCAGAAAAAAUGCUAUUUUAUCUCACAUAUUUUUUUUUCUGUCUGGGUUGUUCACAUAAUAUAUGGUGAGCAUCUUUCCAUGACGUUAAAGCAUCUUACGAAACAUUA